AUGCCGGGCGCCGGGGGACAGCUGGGCACCAGCAGCCCACCCGCACCGGGGCUGCGGAUUUGGAGGCCGCCUCGCAGGCGGCGCGCAGUGGGAGGGGCCGGAAAUGUUUACCAGCCCGACCGCCGGGAAGCCGGGAGGCCCGCGCCCGCUCCAGCGCGGGAGCCGGGGACCCUGGGGACCUCGAGGCGGGCUACUUCGCGGCUGUCCCCUCCUCAGGCCUGGGCUGGGGCUGCYGGAGAACGCGCGCAGGCCGAGUCCCCGCCCACCGGCCAGCCCCGAGGAAACUUACGGCCGGGUGGGCAGGCUCUGCUGGGGGCCGCGGUCCCCCAGCUACAUCCCGCGGCACUGGAGGUGGCCUGCGGCCGAGCGGCCCGGGAUUUUCAGCGCCCUCCCAGCGCCGGAAGGGGCGCGCGACCACACGGCGUCACCUCCGCAGCCGCGUCACCUCCUCGAGGCUCUACCUCACCCCCUCCAAUCCCAGGCAUUCCUCCCGGAGUCCCAAUCGCGGGCCCGCUCCCUAGGCCCCACCCCACGGGCCCGCCUUCCCGGAGGGGCCCACCUCCCGACUCUGCUCCAAUCGCUCACGCCGACCGCCCCCAGCUUGGCGCUCGCGCUGUCCAAUUGCAGACCCUACCUCGCCGGGCUCCAACRGUGGCGCGUGAUGGAGAAGGAAUUCCAGAGAAUUAG